AUGUUCCGCAUGUCACACGCUAGUACAGGCAAGCUUCUGGAAGAUAUUUUCGAAGGCAACCGCAUCAACACGCCGUCGAUGUUGUGCGUCGAGGACUACCUUGACGCCCCUGCGCCGAGAGCGUCGGUGGCCAGGACGGACUGA